GUGAAUUGUGAUUUUUGUGAUACUGUGCUGAUGCGUGGAAAAAAACUAAUUCGAGUGGUAUAAACGGCAAGCGUAAUGGUUUUUGCGAAAAACGCAACCGAGUGUCCAAAACAGAUAACUAUGAAUUGAUCUAAAAGUUGCAUAAGUCGCUAUUGCACGCGCCCCGUGCCCGCGCUCCCGUUUUCUACAUUUUUGUCGCAGUCGCAGUUUCCAGAAAACGAAAACCACACCACACACACACACACAGACACAUAAACACCACUCACACACACACACACAAAAACACGCAUACAAACAUAGAAGGAGAGCAGCCAGCCACAUACAUUUGGGAAAAUUUUGUGUAAAAGCAGUCAAUAACGAAUGUUUAUGUCAAUUUUUGUCAAACAAAUGUGUUACCCGCUCCUUCCCGCAUCAUCCCGCACCGUAAUCCCCAAGCCAUCAGAAGCAGCCACACUAACAAAGAAAAGGCAGCGCUCCUCUUCUUCUUCAACAUCAUCAUCAUCAUCGUACAGUUCCUACAACUAGUGAGCGAGAAAGAGAGAGAGCGAGAGCGAGCGCGGGUGAUUGAAAGAGCGAGAGAGAGAGUGACAACGAGUGAGUAAGUGAGUGAGGGACGGAAAUCUGGAAUUGUGCGCAAUAAAGAGGCUAGCACGUGAAAUUCCCCAUAAACGGCAACACCAAACACACAAAUCACAAUGAGUCUCAUGGCCACGGCAAUGCCCGCAGGCGGCUCCUCAUCCUCCUCCAGCACAUCCGCCCCAACAGCCGCUGUAUCCACGUCCGCAUCAUCAUCUUUAGCCGCCGGCACCUCUGGCUCGUCUAAUGCGACGCCGGGCAACAGUUUGCCAUUUGAGAAGGAUAAAAUCUGGUACUUCACCACGGAUCAGCUUCUCAACUCGCCCAGUCGCCGUUGCGGCAUUAAGGUCGAUGAUGAAUUGCAAUACCGCCAGAUGACCGCCUACCUGAUUCAGGAGAUGGGCCAGCGACUGCAAGUCUCUCAAUUGUGCAUCAACACGGCCAUUGUGUAUAUGCAUCGGUUUUAUGCGUUCCACUCGUUCACCCACUUCCAUCGUAAUUCCAUGGCAUCGGCCAGUCUCUUUCUGGCCGCCAAGGUGGAGGAGCAACCCCGCAAGCUAGAGCAUGUGAUUCGGGCGGCUAAUAAAUGUCUACCACCUACGACCGACCAGAACUAUGCGGAUCUGGCCCAGGAACUGGUGUUCAAUGAGAAUGUCCUGUUGCAGACACUCGGAUUCGAUGUGGCCAUCGAUCAUCCGCAUACGCAUGUAGUGCGCACCUGUCAGCUGGUCAAAGCAUGCAAGGAUCUGGCGCAGACAUCCUACUUUUUGGCCUCGAACAGCCUCCAUCUGACCUCGAUGUGCCUGCAAUAUAGACCAACUGUUGUCGCCUGCUUCUGCAUUUACUUGGCCUGCAAAUGGUCUCGCUGGGAGAUUCCACAGUCGACCGAGGGAAAACAUUGGUUCUACUAUGUGGACAAGAGUGUAUCGCUGGAUCUGUUGAAACAAUUGACCGAUGAGUUUAUAUCCAUCUAUGAAAAGAGUCCGGCACGCUUGAAAUCGAAGCUAAAUUCCAUUAAGGCCAUAGCCCAGGGAGCCAGCAAUCGGACAUCGUCGAAUAGCAAGGAUAACAAGCCAAAAGAAGAUUGGAAAAUUGGUGAGAUGAUCAAGGGUUAUCAUUCCAACAUAGAGCUAGCCAAUGGCAAUGAUAGUCGCGGUGAACGGGAUCGAGAUCGAGAUAGAGAACGUGACCGAGAACGGGAACAAAGAGAACAGCAAUCGCUGCUGCCGCCUCCAUCAAUGGUGCCACAACAGCGACGACCCGAUGGCAGUCAUCAACGUUCAUCGUCCGUGGGUGUACCAGGUAGCGGCGGCUCUUCCUCCUCCUCCUCCUCAUCAUCAUCAUCAUCAUCUUCUAAUCACAAGUUGCCAAAUUAUGCGGGCGGUCUGCCGCCCGAGGCCCACCCAGCAGAUCACAAGUCAAAGGCUGGCUAUAACAACCGCCUGCCCUCAAGCCAUCAGCGGAGUAGUAGCGGUAGUUUAGGCUCUUCCACCAGUGGCGGCGGCGGCGGAGGCAGUGGGAGUAGUAGCAGCAGCCAAAGAGGUAGCUCCUCCUCCGCUUCGUCGUCGUCAUCAUCGAGCCAGCAGCAGCAGCAGCAAGGGCGGCCAUCAAUGCCCAUGGAUUAUCACAAAUCCUCACGGGGUAUGCCUUCAGUGGGUGGUCCAGGUGUGGGAAUUCCAUCGCAUGGUACUCACAAGAUGCCCUCAAUAAACAAGCCGCAAUCACAACAGCAGCAGGCACCUUCUACCCAUCCAUCUGCCUCCAAUUCAUCAUCAUCAUCGUCCUCGGCGAAUAUAUCCUCCAAGGAAAAGUCGCAGAGUAGUAAAAUGUAUCCGCAAGCACCGCCACCUCCCUAUAGUAGUAAUAAUGCCCAAAAUAAUCCAUUAAUGUCGCGUGGAGGAUAUCCAGGCGGCAGCAAUGGUGGAACACAACCGGCUCCUCAAUCGGCUGGUGGCUAUAGUGGUGGCCAUCGCAGCAAAUCCGGCUCCUCCGUCCACAGUAUGCCGCCGUUUGAGCAGCAACUGCCCUAUUCCCAGAGCCAGGGCUAUAAUCAUCUGCAGCAACAGCCGCCGCAGCAGCAGCUAUCGACGCAGUUGCCCGUGGACGCAUCCUCAGCCAAUCAAUCGAAGAACUCCAACUCCUUAUUCAGUCCCGAAUGGAAUGACAUUAAAAAGGAGUUUCCAUACAGCCACAAUGGGCUCCUACCUCCGCCGGCAUUACCGGCGCCGGCACCGCCUGGCCACGAUUACAACAAGCUGAACAAUCACAAUCCACGGGACAAAGAAAGCCCCAAAAAGGAGCGUCUCACGCCAACCAAAAAGGAUAAGCAUCGUCCAACGAUGCCUUCAAUGGGCGGGGGCACCAGUGGAGGAGCAAGUGGAACUUCUUCAGUCAAGCCUAUGCUCCCGCCACACAAGAUUAAGCCUCCCCAUGGCAGUGACAUGCUUCCCAAUACCACACUCGAUCCGACUGGUGGCAAUCCCAGCCUGAAGCGGGCCAACGAUGGCCAGUACGGGAUCAAUAAGAUAGACGAUGUCGAUGCCAUGGCCAUGUCGCGUGAGAAAAUGCGCAAAAUGGACAGUGCAUCCGGUUAUCCGGGAGGUUAUGAUGACAAGCACCAGGCCACACCGCUGAGUAUGUCGAAUGGCAUUGAAACGACUCCGGAUUUAGUGCGUAGUCUGCUCAAGGAGUCACUCUGUACAUCGAAUCCAUCGCUUCUGAAACCCGACGCACUCACGAUGCCUGGCCUGAAGCCACCGGCUGAGCUGCUCGAACCGAUGCCACCCACAACAGUCGCCGUCAAGAAGGAACCGAUGGCUGUGAAUCCAAAUCUUUCAUCAGCCUCCACUGUUCCUGCCGCACCAAUGGAUAUUGUUGCGCUUACCAAGCUCACCAGCAGCGGAGGCGCGGGCAUUGGCGUCGGGGGUGACAUCAAAGACGAGAGCGCCAGCAAGUCAGAGAAGAAGAAAAAGAAGGAUAAGCAUAAACACAAGGAGAAGGACAAGUCCAAGGACAAAUCGGAGAAGGAGGAGCGCAAGAAACACAAAAAGGAUAAGCAAAAGGACCGAAGUAGUAGUAGCAGCAGUAAAGACACCUCAUUGCCCAACGAUUCACUCAAGCUGGUGAUCAAAACGAACACGGCGUCCACAGCGAAUCCGAAUGGCAGUAUGCAGGUGCAAGCUCCUCCUGCCAUGGCAGCUGCUCCUCCCCUUAAGCUAAAGAUAAGCAAAAACAAGGUGGAACCGAACAAUUAUUCGACAGCAGCCGGUUUGCCCACCAGCAGCAGUAGCUCCUAUGCUGAUCAUGUCCGCGGCACGUCAUCCUCCUCUUCCGAUAGAGGUGGCAAUCAUUCGGCCAUUGCCUCAUAUCUAACCAUUAGUGGGGCAGUAAGCAACACAAACACCUCCUCCUCCGGCACCAGCACAAGUAGCAGCAGCAGCAGCAAGAGGAAACACAGUGAUCGAGAUCGGGACAAGGAGAGCAAAAAGAGUAAAAGUCAAGAUUAUUCUAAAUACAAUGGAGCUGGCGGCGGCGCUGGUGGCGUUUAUAAUACCUUAGGCGGUGCUGGCGCCGCACCACAUGCUGCUGCUACCUCCUCCUCCUCAACUGGAGCCUCAUCCCUGCAAAUGAUGGCCCCAGGCAAUAUGGUUAAUCCAAAUUCAUCAGCAGCUAGUGGCAUCGGCAUGGGCCUGGCUCCGCCGACUGCUUUGCCCGUCUACAACAAGAAGUAGUAGGCCCACACAUACACGCCCCAAACCCACGUUUUUUUUUUUAAUCUAUAACAAAAAUAGAUAUAUAUAUAUAUACGAUAUAGCUGUUAGAAUUUGUUGGAGAGAUGCAUUAGUAAACUAAGUUAUUAUUGAUUCAUUUGGAUUAAGCAAAACAGAGAGAAACCGGAACAGCAGCAAUUUUUUGAAAUAGAUAAACGAUAAAUGAUCGAUUGAUUCAUUGAUUAGUCUCCUUAAAUUACUAACAAAACGAAACAAAAAACCACUCAACAAAAACAACAACAACUAAGAUGUAAAAGAGGAAGGGAAAGAAAGAUAAAGUAACAUCUGUACAGCAUUAAUUAAUUUAUAAUUAUAAAACUAUAUAUAUACGAUACCCCCCCCUCUACAUAUAUACAUACAGAUACAGAUAGAUAUAUGUGUGUGUAUAUAUAUAUAUAUAUAUAUAUAUAUAUAUGAUGUAUCAAACAUAGUUGUAAACCAAUUGUUGGCUUAAGUGGGCAUUCAAAUCGUUAGAAAGAUAAUGAAUACCAAUAUCAGACAAAUUCAACCAGGCAAAACCUAGGCACUACACUCGUCUCAGAUUAGAGAGUAACUACGCAUCAUAAUGGCCGUCUAGCAUUUAAGUUAGCAAAUCAUCUAACACACACACACACACACAUCUAUAAAAAUCCCAAUGGGAUCUGCUGUAUAUAGUUCACACACAACGGAUAAAUAUAUAUAUAAUACGUAUAUUAUAUAUAGAACCAACUUCCGCUUAGCAAAUUACGGCCCCCCAACAAAACUAAAUGCAAAUCAAGAAAAUAUUCUAAUUACCACACAAAUUAAUUAACAAACAAACACACUCAAACACACACACACCUAUAUAAAGCCAGCGCUUUAAUUCAAAAUUAUUGACGCCAAAAGAAAUUACGAAAAGAAAAGAAAACGAAAUAAUUAACAACAACAACAAAUUGCAUAUUAAAUUAUUUAAGUUCUUAGUAUAGAAAACCUGUUGCUACUAAGAGAGUCGUCCAAAAAAAAAAAAACAAAAACAAAAACACAAAAAAUGGAAAGCAAACUAAAUUUGGUUACACCGAGUUUUCAAAUACCCUUGCUAAACCACAAUAUUGUAGUGAUCCUUUUCAUGAGAUAUAGUAGUUCGAUCCCAAAUCGAUCGAAACAGUCGUUUAUUAGGCAGAAAAAGAGACGACGACUUAACGAUGUAAUAGUCCGAAUUUAUGCAGCCAGUCAAACCAACUGAAAUCCACUGUAAAAACAAAAAACAUGCCCCCUCCCCGUCCUCCUGCUGCCACACCCAACCACCCCCCUGCAAGGAUAUUUACAUAAACAAAAAAAAAAAAAAAAAACUACAGC